AUGAGAAGCAGAAGGAAGAAAAGGUUCGUGUCCAGCCCCCGCUACGUGGAGACCAUGCUGGUAGCCGACCAGUCCAUGGCCGAGUUCCACGGCAGUGGGCUGAAGCACUACCUUCUGACGCUGCUUUCCGUGGCAGCUAAGCUCUACAAGCACCCUAGCAUCCGCAACUCCAUCAGCCUGGUGGUGGUGAAAAUCAUGGUCAUUUACGAGGAGCGGAAGGGACCCGAUAUCUCUUCCAAUGCUGCCCUGACUUUGAGAAACUUCUGCAGCUGGCAGAAGCAGCACAACCCACCCAGCGACCGGCACGCUGAGCACUACGACACAGCAAUCCUCUUCACCAGGCAGGACCUCUGCGGUGCCAAGACAUGUGAUACUCUUGGGAUGGCUGAUGUGGGAACAGUUUGUGAUCUAAACCGCAGUUGCUCUAUCAUAGAAGAUGAUGGUUUACAGGCUGCCUUUACAACGGCCCACGAACUAGGCCACGUGUUUAACAUGCCUCAUGACGAUGCAAAGCAGUGUGCUGGUAUUAAUGGAAUAAGCCGCGAUUUCCACAUGAUGGCAUCUAUGCUUUCCAAUCUGGAUCGCAGCCAGCCUUGGUCUCCAUGUAGUGCCUACAUGAUUACAACAUUUUUGGAUAACGGUCAUGGUGAGUGUUUGUUGGACAAGCCCCACAAACCAAUCCAACUUCCUUCUGACUUGCCUGGCACGUUGUACGACGCCAACAGACAGUGCCAGUUCACAUUUGGAGAUGAGUCCAAGCACUGCCCUGAUGCAGCCAGUACGUGUACGACGCUGUGGUGUACUGGCACUUCUGGAGGACUGCUCGUGUGCCAAACCAAACACUUCCCUUGGGCAGAUGGCACCAGUUGUGGGGAAGGGAAGUGGUGCAUGAAUGGCAAGUGUGUGAAUAAAACUGAGAAAAAGCAUUAUGAUACACCGGUGCAUGGGGGCUGGGGGUCCUGGGGGGCAUGGGGAGAGUGCUCCCGGACCUGUGGCGGUGGAGUGCAGUACUCCUUCAGGGAGUGUGACAACCCUGUCCCAAGAAACGGAGGGAAAUACUGUGAAGGGAAGCGAGUGCAAUACAGAUCAUGUAACAUCGAGGACUGUCCGGACAAUGAUGGCAAAACUUUUAGGGAGGAACAAUGUGAAAAGCACAAUGAGUUUUCCAAGUCUCCCUUUGGAAGUGGACCUGCAGUGGAGUGGACACCCAAGUUUGCAGGUGUCUCUCCAAAAGACAGAUGCAAGCUGGUCUGCCAAGCAAAAGGAACAGGAUACUUCUUUGUUUUACAGCCAAAGGUUGUGGAUGGUACCCUGUGUAGCCCCGAUUCCACCUCUGUCUGCGUCCAGGGGCAGUGUGUAAAGGCUGGCUGCGACCGUAUGAUAGGAUCCAAUAAGAAGUUUGACAGAUGCGGUAUCUGUGGUGGCAAUGGAUCCACUUGCAAGAAAGUGUCUGGAACACUUGUUAGAGCAAAACCCGGCUACCAUGACGUUGUCAUCAUUCCAGCUGGGGCAACGAACAUCGAGGUGAAGCAGCGAAACCACAGGGGUGCGAGGCACGAUGGCAGCUUCCUCGCUAUCAAAGCCGCAGAUGGCACCUACAUCCUCAACGGCGAUUACACACUGUCGACGCUGGAGCAGGACAUCACCUACAAGGGCAGCGUGCUGAGGUACAGCGGCUCCUCCGCUGCCCUGGAGAGGAUCCGCAGUUUCAGCCCUCUGAAGGAGCCUCUGACCAUACAGGUCCUCACGGUAGGGGACCUGCCGCAGCCCAAGAUCAAGUUCACCUAUUUCGUGAAGAAGCCCGCGCAGCCUGCUUCAGAGAAGGUGCCCAGCAGAAAGAAAGAGUCCUUCAAUGCUAUCAGGGAGAUCAUCUCCUCCGAAUGGGUCAUCGAGGAGUGGGGCGAGUGCUCCAAGUCGUGUGGCUCAGGCUGGCAGCGGCGGGCAGUGGAGUGCCGGGACCCCCAAGGGCGGCCAGCCGCCGACUGCGCCCGAGAGCUGAAGCCUAGUGACGUCCGUCCCUGUGCUGACAUGCCCUGCCCACAGUGGCAACUGGGGGACUGGUCGCCCUGCUCUAAGACGUGCGGGAAAGGUUUCAAGAAGAGAUUGUUGAAAUGUAUUUCUUAUGACGGCAGCGUGCUGCCGCAAGAAAGCUGUGAGCCUUCCAAGAAACCGAAACACCUAAUAGACUUCUGCAACGUUACGGACUGCAGUUAA